AUGGUUGUGGUGAAACCGUCUACCAAAAGCCCAAAAUCCGCUAAGGGUUCGAAGAAGACCGCCCGUAAGAAGAAGGUUCACCUAAAGUUUAACAUUGAGUGCAAGAAUCCUGCAGAAGACGGGAUUUUCAAGACUGAAGACUUUGAGACUUUCCUCAAUGAGAAAAUAAAGAUCAACGGAAAAUGUGGACAGCUUGCCACGUCCGGAGUUAAAGUUGAACUUAAUAAGACUAAAGUCUCCGUCAUUGCCGAUAUUCCCUUCUCUAAACGUUACCUAAAAUACCUUACCAAGAAGUACCUCAAGAAGCAUUCUCUCCGAGACUGGCUUCGCAUCGUCGCUAUUAAUAAAAAUACGUACGAGUUGAGGUACUUUCACAUUAACCAGGACGAGGACGAAGGUAGUGAUAAUGAUUAA